CCCUUUCCCUCUUCCCCCUCUUCUUCUCCAUCGCCUCUCGUCUCUUCCUAACGAUGUUAGGUGUUCAAUCCAAUCUGACUUCACUUGGACUCUACUGACACUCUCCAACUUCCGGCACCGGCGGCCUCACUCCGCCGCCUCACCGGAGACACCCCCCUUCAUCUUCCCUUUGUACUUCCCGGUGAGUUUUUUCUCUGCUCUAGGGUUUCCAGAUUUCACAAUUCCACCUCUUGUAUUUGCCUCGAUCGUGCCGCGUUUUCGGCUUCUUUUGUCCAAUUGAAUUCCUCCCUGGGUUUAAACCUUCUUGUUACCCCGAUUUGUUUUGGUAAUUGGGGAUUUCUUUGGAGGGUUAUGUGAAUUUCGUUCCUGCUUGGAACGAGGAGAAGUUGGCGGUUGUUGUUAGGGGCGAAAACUCAUGGAAGGGAGGAGGAUUUCGGCGAGUCCUCGGGUUUGUUCUGGUCGGCGUAUUUUGGCUAAGAAACGGACUCGGGUUGAUGGGUUUGUUAAUAGUGUGAAGAAGCUGCAGAGACGGGAGAUUUGCUCGAAGCGCGAUCGUGCUUUUAGUAUGAGUAAUGCCCAAGAGAGAUUUCGCAACAUGCGUUUGAUGGAGGAAUACGAUACUCAUGAUCCAAAGGGACAUUGUUCACCAGUUUUACCUUUUCUGAUGAAGAGGACAAAAGUAAUAGAAAUUGUUGCUGCACGUGAUAUUGUUUUUGCUCUGGCACAUUCUGGUGUUUGUGCCGCUUUUAGCAGAGAGACAAAUGAAAGAAUAUGCUUCUUGAAUGUCAGCCCUGACGAGGUCAUUCGAAGUUUGUUUUACAAUAAGAACAAUGAUUCACUUAUCACAGUUUCAGUCUAUGCUUCUGAUAACUUCAGCUCUUUGAAAUGCAGAUCUACGAGGAUUGAAUACAUUCGAAGGGGCAAGCCUGAUGCAGGUUUUGCACUUUUUGAGUCUGAAUCGUUGAAGUGGCCUGGAUUUGUCGAGUUUGAUGAUGUUAAUGGGAAAGUUCUAACCUACUCUGCACAGGAUAGUAUAUACAAGGUGUUUGACCUGAAAAACUAUACCAUGCUUUACUCUAUAUCAGAUAAACAUGUUCAAGAAAUCAAGAUCAGCCCUGGGAUCAUGUUAUUGAUUUUCAAUAGAGCCAGUAGCCAUGUUCCUCUUAAAAUUCUAUCAAUAGAAGAUGGCACAGUUCUUAAAGCUUUCAACCAUCUGCUUCAUCGGAACAAGAAAGUGGACUUCAUAGAACAAUUUAAUGAAAAACUUCUUGUGAAGCAAGAAAAUGAAAAUCUUCAAAUACUUGAUGUUCGUAAUGCUGAAUUGAUGGAAGUUAGCAGAACUGAAUUCUUGACCCCAUCAGCAUUUAUCUUUCUGUAUGAAAACCAAUUGUUUCUGACUUUUAGAAACCGAACCGUGGCUGUCUGGAACUUUCGUGGGGAGCUUGUAACAUCAUUUGACGAUCACCUAUUAUGGCAUCCAGACUGCAAUACCAAUAACAUUUACAUUACUAGUGAUCAGGAUCUCAUUAUAUCCUACUGCAAAGCUGAUUCUGAGGAUCAUUGGAUGGAAGGAAAUGCUGGUUCGAUCAACAUCAGCAACAUCUUGACUGGGAAAUGUCUAGCCAAGAUCAAUGCAAAUAAUGGAAACCCCAAGGUCGACGACUGCAGUUGCGCUGGCAGCUCAAAAAAUCAGUGCAACUCUUCACAAAUGAGAAACACGGUUGCAGAGGCUCUGGAAGAUAUUACUGCACUUUUCUACGAUGAAGAGCGUAACGAGAUAUAUACCGGUAACAAGAACGGUUUGGUACAUGUGUGGUCUAACUGAAGACCUCAUUUUUUUAUUUGUUCUUUUUUUCACCCUUUCUUUUUCUGAAGUUUGCCUUGAUACCGAACCGACGAUGUACUGAUAUGAGGCGGUUCGGUUCGGUUCAUAUGGUCAGCCUUGAUGCAGAUUGGAUGGUAGAUUAAAUAUAGGGGUUGUGACAGUAGUUGAAUAGAAAAACUUGGUUGCCAUUGUAAUAUUAAUAGAUUUUAAGGUGUUUAUGUAUGUUGUUGUAAAGAUCAUCUUCCUUCGCUUUAUGAGAAUAGCCAAGAAAUCAAUUUGCUUGUGAUUCUUGUGAAGUGAAAAACUUUUUUGAGUAUAAUUUUAAUGAUUACCCAGAAAUGUAUUCUUGA